AUGGAUUUCAUCUCAAGCUUCGCAAAAGGCGGCGAUUCCAAGAAACAGCCCGCCGCCGGCGAGGAGAAACCCUCAACCGCCGAUAUUUUGGCGGACGCCAAGGUGGUGUCGGAGGCGGCUCGAGCCCAGUUCAGCAACCAGGCUGAGAAGUGCGACAAGGCCAAGGCCGCCGCCUCCGCCGCCGACCUCCUGGACGCCGCCUCGGACUACGGCAAGCUAGACGAGACCCAGGGAGUCGGCAAGUACGUUGAUCAAGCGGAGGGCUAUCUCCGCCAGUACAGCGGGCCCAAUUCCACCACCGCCGCCGCCGCCGCCGUCGCCGGCGAAGACAAACCUGCCGCCGCAACCGGAAUCCCUUCAGGCGAAGGGGAGCAUAUCAAGAAGGCGGAGGAGUCCGUGGAUGGAGGCGAGUACGUGAAGAAGGCGGAGGAGAAGGGCGAGUCGGAAGGCGGAUAUGGAGAUUUGAUGAAGGCUGCCGGCGGUUUCUUUAACAAAUAA